GGAUCCGCCCCCUUCGAACCGUCAGUCUCCCGCUGGCUGAGCUGGUCGGACCCGCGGCUGAGGCCGAAAAAUCUGGUGACAUUCUGAUUGAUGAUUUUUGAUAUGUGAUUGCUACCUUUCUGGAAGUUUAAAGGAUUGUUUUCCUUCAUCUGUUUUUACAUUUGAUGAGGACAUAUCUAGCACAGUAAUAUUCUACCAUAUUCAUUUGCCACAAUCUAUGCAGCCAUUUUGAAGUAGGUUUUUCAUGAUGCUGAAUUCUUUGCUCUUGUGUAUAUUUCUGUUAAUGGUACCUGGUUAUGCUCAAGAUGAUGAAUGGAUUGAUCCCACAGAUAUGCUUAAUUAUGAUGCUGCUUCUGGAACAAUGAGAAAAGCUCCUCAGGUGAACUAUGGAAAACCAGAGAAAAAGGAAAUAAGUCUUACAGAUUCCAACUUGUCAUGUGCUGAUGAAAUGUCAGAAUGUUAUAACAGACUUGAUUCUUUAACUUACAAGAUUAAUGAGUGUGAAAAGAAAAAAAGGAAAGACUACGAAAGCCAGAGUAAUCAUGUUUUCAGGAGAUACUUAAAUAAGAUUUUAAUUGAAGCUGGAAAACUUGGACUUCCCAGUGAGGACAGAGGAGAUAUGCAUUAUGAUGCUGAGGUUAUCCUUAAAAAAGAGACAUUAUUAGAAAUCCAGAAGUUUCUCAGUGGAGAGGACUGGAAAUCAGGAGCCUUAGAUGAUGCACUAAGUGAAAUCCUGAUUAAUUUUAAAUUUCAUAAUUUCAAGACCUGGAAAUGGAGUUUUGAGACAACCUUUGGUGUGGAUCCAUAUAAUGUAUUCAUGGUACUUCUGUGUUUGUUGUGCAUUGUUUUGUUAAUAGCUACUGAAUUAUGGACAUAUAUUCGUUGGUAUACUCAGUUAAAACGUGUUUUAUUCAUCAGUUUCCUUGUCAGUUUUGGAUGGAAUUGGAUCUAUUUAUAUAAGUUAGCCUUUGCAAAACAUCAGGCUGAAGUUGCCAAAUUGGAACCAUUAAACAAUGUUUGUGCUGAGAAGAUGGACUGGGUUGGAGGCCUAUUUGAAUGGUUUAGAAGUUCAUGGACGUUUCGAGAUGAUCCUUGCCAAAAGUACUAUGAGCUGCUAUUAGUUAACCCUAUUUGGUUGGUUCCACCAACAAAGGCAUUGGCAGUCACUUUCACCAACUUUGUAACGGAGCCAUUGAAGCAUAUCGGGCAAGGAGCUGGGGAGUUUUUGAGAGCGCUUAUGAAGGAGAUACCAGUGAUACUUCACAUUCCAGUGUUGGCCAUCAUGGCUCUGGCUGUGCUGGGUUUCUGCUAUGGUGCAGGAAGAUCAGUUGGUGGAUUGAGGUAUUUAAGAGACUCAGAAAGAGAACCUCGCAAGGCACUACAUCAAGGCAAAGGAAGACCACAGGAGGAAAUUGAUUAUAGGCGACAUGGUGGAGCAGGUGAUGCAGAUCUCUGUUGUCGGAGCCAUGUUUGUCAGAAAGAUCGAGGCGCUUAUUGCAAAGCAGAUGAGUGUAGAGGAGAUUUUGUGAGAGAAAGAUAUGUUGAUUUAACUGGCCACAGGAGCCCUGAAGUCCUACAGGCAUUUGAUAUACCCGAUGUAAAGGCAGAAGAGCAUCCCAAGGUGGUACCUUGUCAGAAAUCAUUCAUUUCGGAUAAAAAUCCAGAAGAGAUUUGUGAAAUUCCAGAAAACAGCAAAGUGAAAGAAAUUAACAGUAAAACAAGCCAUUCAGCAGAGCCAUCCUCUGAGCAGCAAACCACAGGGAGUCAGGAAGGCGAGCUUCCAGCAGGUGAGAGCACUCUGAGAGAUGAAGCCAGAAGCAGGUUUCUGCAAGCUGGGAUCCACAGCUCAUCUACUGUCUCAGCCGGAAGAUGGGAAAAGAAUCAAGAAGGCCAACCCAGCUAGGAGGAGGAGAUGGUGGUGGCAUCAGUGGUGGCCAUGGACAAAUGGGAAAAUUGUGAGGUCUAGCAUUGGGGGCUCUUUUUUUUUUUUUUUUUAAGUAUUUUUCUUAUCAAGAGUUUUGUAUUGCUGUAUUGCUGUUUGGGUAUUUUUUUGCAGAAGUGCCACAGAACUGACUGAAAUGAAAUUACUAGCUCAGAUAGCAAGUAAGUUUGUAAAAGUAGGUUCUAGGUGGAUGUAAUGACUACAUUUAAUUUCAUUUUCAUCCCUUUAGUAUUCUGGCAUUUUCAUAGUUAAUUAUUAUUAAUUUUGGAGGAGGGUCUCACCUCACAUUCUAAAAUGGAUGUUAAUUAAUGUCCAUUAACUAAUCAAAACUAAUGAUUGUUUAUUAAACAUCACUUGUUCUGAUUAGUUAGUGAAAAGUCAUAAUUAGAGAAUAUUUUUAAAGAAAUAGUUGUAUUAGUUUCCAGGUAUAUACAGUCAACAAAAACUAAUGGAUAACGUGUUGCCAAAUAGAGGCCCUCCCUCUAUGUUGGCUUUAAUGAACAGCUGAGAACAAUUGAUAAAACAUUGCAUGCAGGUGGUGCUGUUAAAAUAGCCAAAGGCUUUUGAAAUAAGGGUUUAAUUUCUUAAGUGAGACAAACAUAACUUCUAGUCUGUCAUCAGGGAGUGGGCUUAGUCUUUCAGACUAAAUUUUACUCUUGAAUGCACCUAACCUUAUUUUCAUCUUAGCUCUUGAAAUCGCUGCUUUCCACAAGGUAUUCCCACACUUCCUCAAAUAACCAGGCAAGCAGGACUUAAAUGUAAACUUUCCACUAUUAGACCUCUAGUGUGAGCACUAACAGUUGUACAGUGAGUGAAACCUUCGGGCCAGCUGGGGUUCUUUAGCUGUUUGCUCAGAUGCUGACUGCUCCCAGACCAACAAGUUUAUGUUGUAUUCUAGUUCUCUUUAUUUCUUCCUUCACAGUCAGGUCUUAUGAUAUGCUGUGAAGGCAUAAUAAAAUUGCCAGGGGAAGACCAAAUAACCAAACUUGUAUGUCAUUGUAGUUACUGUAGAGUCAGGAGACUGUGGCCUGAGAGUAAUCGGAAAUAGAUGAGUGAAUUUUGGCA